CUUUUCUUACUUACCCGCCAAAAUCUUUGUGUACCAAACUAAACCCCCAAUCCCUUCUCUGUCCCUGAAAGGAUUAAGCUUCUAUCUAUCUAUGCAGGGAGGUCAAAUGGUGGUUGAAGAGCCUUUCAAGCUCUCUUCGGUCCUAACUUCUUCCACAAUAAGCUCUAUACCAUCACUUACCAAAAUAGUUGGCACGCUCGGACCAAACUCGCGCUCUGUCGAGGCAAUUGAGGCAUGUCUAAAGGCAGGAAUGUCGGUUGCCCGGUUUGAUUUUUCUGGGUUUGAUGGGGACUACCACCAGGAAACCAUUGAUAAUUUAAGGACAGCUGCGAAAAAUGCUAAGAAACUUUGUGCUGUAAUGCUAGACACUAUUGGCCCAGAACUUCAAGUUUCUAACGAGACAGGGAAACUAAUAGAGCUGAAGGCUGAUGAUCAUGUGACUAUCACUUCAGAUACUACUAUACAACCAUCAGCAGAUAUCUUACCAGUUAGUUAUGCCGACCUUGCUCGGACCGUAAAGAAGGGUGAUACCAUUUUUCUUGGGCAGUACCUCUUCACAGGGAGUGAAACCACCUCUGUUUGGCUUGAGGUUCUGGAGACAAAAAAUCAAGAUGUUAUUUGCCUGGUGAAAAACAGUGCCACUCUUUCAGGCUUUAUAUUUACCAUGCAUGUUUCCCAAGUCCAUGUCAAUUUGCCCACUUUAACUGACUAUGACAAGCAGGUUAUUUCAAGUUGGGGCUCACGGAAUAACAUUGACUUCGUUUCUCUUUCAUAUACACGCCAUGUAGAAGAUGUGCAAGAGCUUAGAGCAUUCCUUAAAACACAGAACCUGAAUGAAACCAGAAUAUUUGCCAAAAUUGAAACAGUGGAGGGUUUGAAACAUUUUGAUGAGAUUCUUCGAGAAGCCGACGGCGUUAUCCUUUCUCGUGGGAAUUUAGGAAUUGACCUCCCCCCAGAAAAGGUUUUCUUAUUCCAGAAAUCUGCUGUUUAUAAGUGCAACAUGGUUGGAAAGCCUGCCAUAAUUACUCGGGUAGUUGACAGUAUGACUGGGAAUCUACGGCCAACUCGUGCAGAAGCAACUGAUGUUGCUAAUGCUGUUCUUGAUGGUACGGAUGGUAUCCUGCUAGGCGCGGAGACACUUCAUGGCCUAUAUCCUGUUGAGGCUAUCAAAAUUGUUGGCGGCAUAUGUGCUGAAGCUGAAAGAGUUUAUAAUCAGCUUUUUCACUUCAAGACAAUUUUAAAAUAUAUGAAAGAGCCUAUGUCUCAUGCCGAAUCUGUUGCUUCAUCAGCGGUACGUGCGGCUCUUACAGUUAAGGCUGCAAUCAUUGUCGUUUUCACUUCCUCCGGUGGAGCAGCAAGGUUGAUUGCAAAGUACAGGCCAACAGUGCCAGUUUUCGCGGUUGUCAUUCCCCGUCUCAAAACAAAUUCACUGAAAUGGAUUUUCACGGGUUCAUCACAGGCUAGGCACUUACUGGGUGUAAGAGGAGUUUAUCCUAUUUUGGCUGGUCCAAUUGUGGCUACUUCGGGUGGUUCUACUGAAGAAACUAGCUUAAAACUUGCCCUUGAGUAUGGUGAAUCUGUGGGAUUACUCAAACCCAAUGAUCAGGUGGUCGUCUUCCAAAAGAUAGGGGACUCGUCAGUGGUCAAAAUCGUGGAGUUCGAAGGCUAGCUAGCCUCCCUUUUAAGUUCACCGUCUAUUUCUAUUUAACUUUUUCACUCUAAUAAUUUCAAUGUUACUUCAGGAGUGAAAUUAUAGCAUUUGUCUAAAAGUUACAUCCGCUAUACGCCCCACGACCAUGCACAUUCUACAUUACACAUUGCUCUGUCAAAAAGAUUGGGCUACGAAUAUAAAGUAAUGGAUUUAGCUUGCAUUUAUUUGUAAUGGGAUUGUUGAAUCAAAAUAGUAGCAGGCAGCUGCAAGUUUUAUUCGACC